AUGUUGAAUGAGCUUUUUCAUGAAUUCUCUGAAGACUACUAUGACGAGGGAAUGGUUGAGCCAUGUAACACAACAACAGUUGACAAUGUGCAGCAUGACCUCGGCAUUUAUGUCUACCCUAUCAUCGUCGUGCUAGGGCUGCUAGGUAACCUGCUGGUCAUUGUCACGUAUGCCUUCUAUAAGAAGAGCAAGUCCAUGACUGAUGUAUACCUGCUGAAUGUGGCAGUGGGGGAUGUACUCUUUGUUGUGGUCUUGCCACUUAUCAUCUACAACGAGCAGAAUAACUGGGCAAUGGGGGACGUUGCCUGCAAGGUUUUACGAGGUGCCUACAGCCUCAACCUGUACAGUGGGAUGUUUCUGUUAGGCUGUAUCAGCGGCGACCGCUACCUCGCCAUCGUCUGCGCUAGCCGUUCGCAAUACCUCCGCUCCCGCACGCUUGUCUACAGCCAUGCCAUCUGCCUUGUCGUCUGGAUGAUGGCUCUUCUGCUCUCCCUGCCCACAAUCAUCUACUCACAACUGUAUCAGUUCAACCCUGAAACAUUGAUGGUAGAUUUUUACCAGAACAGCAAGUCUUACAGCAAUAUCACAGAGCUGACCUUGCUCAACAGCACUGUGACCAUCCCACCACUAGGGGCGCCGGUGUGUGUUCUUCUCUUUGAUGAGACGCAAGACGUCAUGAAGAUUCUGAUUCCAAGCCUCCUGAUGGCGAUAGGGUUCCUGCUGCCUCUGAUGGUCAUGGCCUUCUGUUACACCUGUGUCAUCCUCACUCUGCUCAAGGCGCGCAACUUCCAGAGGCUCAGGGCGGUGCGGGUGGUGCUGACGGUGAUGCUGGUGUUCAUACUCUGCCACCUGCCCUACAACCUCACACUAUUGGUGUACACCAUCACGUUGUGGGACCAGAAGGAGUGCAGUGCUGAGAUCUCCCUCCAAAUGGGGCUGCACCUCACUCAAACUCUGGCCUUCCUGCACUGCUGCCUCAACCCCUUCCUGUACGCCUUCAUGGGUGUGCGGUUCCGCAGCCACUUCUGGAAGGUUCUGCAGGACCUGUGGUGUGUGGGGAAGGACUACAUGCGGGCGCGACGCCCAUCUUCCCGCCUCACCUCAGAGGUCUGCCUGUCGACGCGCAGGUCAGUUGGCGGUUCUAACACAGAAAACGGCACCUCCUUCACCGUGUGACCCAAAGUAGGUCCUCUUAGGAUUGAAGGCAGACCUAUUCCCACGUCCCAAACUCUAACUCAAACUGUUUCACCAUUUUUACCACAGCCUUUUGUAAUUAUAACCCCACCCACUCCCAUUGAAACCAUAACGCUAUCCCUCAUCAUUGUAAUCAAUUCCCCACCAUUUAUUGGUAAACACCUUUCCCAUCUCAUUUGCAAUGUGACUCUCCUCCUCUCCCUUCCAUUAUAACCACAGCCCCCACCCCUAUUACUACAAGUCACAUACCAUCUCAGUCAUCUUACAC